ACAACGUUACGCUAAGCUGUUCUCCUUCGACCCAGAGUGUCUGCUUUCACAGGGCCCUCUGAAGAUAACUAUGGUGUCUCAUAGGCUCGGCAUUUUGCUGUGGGUUUUUUGGCUCUCAGUUGUUCGAGCUGACGAUAGAGGUGUCUACUAUGACACAACACCCAGAAGCUGGCACGAGUCUUCUGCAAAUUGUCAGCAACUGGGCGCCUGGGAAGAUACCAAUUUGCUCAGGACUGCCCGAUUCAGGGUACCAGCACGACCUUCCGGUUUCCGUCAGGAUCAGUUUUUCUGGAUAGGAGGAUCUGUUCAUCAGACUCCAUGGUUUAAACUUUUGGGUUGCUUUGAGACCUAUGAUGCGACUGCACAAAAGGAGUUUGAUUGUAGUGCUUUUCGUGAACCAAAACGCACAUACAGCUGCAUGAAUUUUUGUGAUGGCUUCGAUGGUAUUACGGAAAUAGGCAUAUCGAAAACAACAUGUUACUGUUAUAAAGAUGUACAGAAAUUCCGCAAGAAAAAGGAACAGUGCUUUUAUGAGACUUUGCCAGAGUACCCCGGUGAACUGUUUGGUGCACCAAAUGCCGAAAGUGUGGUGGUGUAUCAACACAUUAAAAACAGUCCUUCGACAUACGCGCCUGAUUUUGGUAAUUGCGCAGCUGUGAGAUAUCUAGGAUCACUUCCGAUACAGCAUCAGUUUUCUUCCUGUCUGAACAGAAUUGGGUACAUGUGUGCAAAUGGCCGAGUAUCAACUGCAGAGGUGACCUGGACUGAAGCUGUUAGACAGUGUGGUACUUUGAAGACAGACGUAGUUGGUUAUUAUACAGGCUUGACUGAUUCUGUCAAAUAUCGUGCAUUUUGGACAGGAUUUUACAGACAAAGCCGCGAAAUCUGGAGAAGUCCCGGUGCCAAAAUGAGCCCAAAAAUAUUUCGUAACUGGGUCAGCAGUAACCCAGAACAUAUUCACUGCGUAGCAGUUAAAGUGAAGGAAGACGGAACACUUUAUCCCAACACUUAUCCACAAGAUUGCUCAAAGAAAUUGCCUUCCUUGUGCGAAAAAUCAACAAAAGUUGAUGGUGGAUGGACAGAAUGGUCUCAAUGGAGUAAAUGCGGUAAUGUCAUUGAUGGAUAUGGUGGAAGAAAACAAACUCGCACAUGUACCAAUCCUAUUCCAAAGCAUGGCGGAAAAGAUUGCGAGGGAAAAACCUCUAAAAAGGAAAUUUGUACUCCACCUUCAGUUGAUGGUGGAUGGACAGAAUGGUCUCAGUGGAGUAAAUGUCAUGCCAUAAAGGACGGACAGGGUACAAGAAAAAAAUCUCGCUCAUGUACCAAUCCUUCUCCACAACAUGGCGGAAAAGACUGCAAGGGGAUGGACUAUGAAAAAGAAGAGUGUACUCCACCAGUUGAUGGUGAAUGGACGGACUGGUCUCAGUGGACUAAAUGCGAAGUUUUCAACGGAAAACCUAGAAGAGAAAAACGUCGUACAUGUACUAAUCCUUCUUCACAACAUGGCGGAAAAGAAUGCCAGGGACCGAUCAUAACAGUGGAAUGGCACUGUACUCUACAUUCAGGAUAA